UUGGAUGUUCUUAUAGUUCGACUUUCAGCUGCAAAUAGGGAAUCUCAGGAUACAGGCAUGUUCAAUCGACCUCCGAUUCACCCCAAGCCAAAGGUGGCCCCAGGAGGUACUGCAGACCCUCGAAUCAUAACACCAGACUACUACACCGAUUGA